AUGUUGGUGUUUGUAACGUGCACCUACCUCGCUUCCAAUAUGCUCAAUGUGAUUGUCUACACCUGGGAGUUGAUCGAUAAGCCUUCACUUAUGUCUGAAGAGUUGCGACCAUUCUACACACUCUGUUCUGACCUGGUGUCGCUACUUACAGUACUAGCAUAUGCUUGCCGUCUUCCCAUCUACAUUGCGUGUAACGCUCGAAUUAGAUGUGAAGUGAUGGACGUGCUAAACAAUUGCGUUAUCUUCAAAACCGGGAAACAUGGCAAGAGUUCACCGAAAAACAAGCGAUCACGCGCGACCACAGUGCGAUAUUGCGAGACUGGAUGCGGCUUCAUGAUUUAUGAGAAGCCAACUAAGACAGGGGAAGUGAGAGGCCGAAGCAUUGGCACCGGAUUGGAUCGAAUUAGACGUGAACGGACAACUACAAAGAAACUGAUCGCCAUUGAAUUGGAUGUUAAUCUGCUCAACGAUAAAGCA